AUGUUGUUUGUAUUGUUUCGGCAAAAAGCCACGCCCUAUUCUCCCCGUUCUAUCUGCUAUAGUUUUUGUCUCGCCUAUAUUUAUAUAUAUACAUAUUAUUGUGAUGAUAGCCUUGCAAUCAACGAUUGUAACAUCGCCUUCUGUGCAUUAAUAAAUAUCAGAUAUAAUGUUGAUGUGAAAGCCUUCUCAUUCAAGAAUUUAUUGAAAAAGAAGGCAACGUUCAUCCAUUAA